AUGUCGAUGCAUUUCGAGCACCCGCAGGCCUCACAAUCCGAAUCUACGAACGGGGUUUCCAGUCAGCCAUCCAAGAUGGAAUCCCAGACCAAGGCCACCGACCACCCAUGCGUAAUUGGCAUGGCGUGCAGAGUCCCGGGUGCAUCAUCUCCUUCAAAGCUGUGGGACAACCUGAUCAACAAAGUCGAUCUACAACGCAAGAUGCCCGAGGACCGAUUCAAUGUCGAUGCCUUCUAUCAUCCAGAUGGCACGCACAAAGGCUCGACCAAUGCGAAAUAUGGCUAUUUCCUUGAUCAAGACAUCGGGCUGUUCGACGCCGGCUUCUUUAACAUCUCCGGCAAGGAAGCCACGGCCAUGGACCCUCAGCAGCGUCUGUUGCUGGAAGUUGUCUAUGAAGCGCUGGAAAAUGCUGGUAUCACAUUGGACGAGAUCCAAGGCUCGCAGACGUCUGUGUAUUGCGGCUGCUUCACCAACGACUACAACGCCAUGACAACCAAGGAUCUCGAAUUUUAUCCAAAGUACACUGUCACCGGCACCGGAAACUCGAUUCUGGCCAACCGCAUCUCCUACUUUUACGAUCUUCACGGUCCCAGUGCGACCAUUGACACAGCUUGUUCCUCGUCGCUAGUCUGUUUCCACAUGGGUGCCCAGUCCCUUCGGGCCGGCGAGGCCGAUCUUUCAAUUGUCGUCGGGUCGGCAUUGCAUUUUGAUCCCAACAUCUUCAUCACGAUGACUGACUUGGGAAUGCUGUCUACUGAUGGUCGCUGCCGCCACGGCGACGCUUCGGGUAGCGGCUAUGUUCGCGGCGAGGGAAUUACCGCCAUGAUUCUCAAACGUCAGCGACAAGCGGAAGCCAGCGGCGAUUCCAUUCGCGCUGUCGUGCGUGGAACUGGGGUCAACCAUGACGGUCGCAAGCAGGGAAUCACCCUCCCUUCUGCCCAAGCGCAAGCGGCCCUCAUUCGCAGCACGUAUCAGAAUGCCGGGCUAGAUCCGGCAGACACCACCUACGUCGAGUGCCAUGGAACCGGGACAAAAGCUGGGGAUCCUCGAGAGUUGAGAGCCAUCAGCGAGGUAUUUUCGCCCGGGCGCGAAGAGCCCCUUUGUAUCGGCUCAAUCAAAACCAACAUUGGUCACCUUGAGGGUGCCUCGGGAGUGGCAGGGCUGAUCAAAUCCACGCUGGCUCUCGAAAAGAGAACCAUUCCGCCUAAUAUGCAUUUUCAAGCGCCCAACCCAGACGUUGAUUUUGAAAACUGGAAACUUGAAAUUCCGACGGACCCCAAAGAUUGGAAGGCCAAGAGCGGCGAGAUCCCCCGACGUGUAUCGAUCAACUCCUUCGGAUAUGGUGGAACAAACGCCCACGUUAUAUUGGAAGAGUACACAUCGCCUGCGUCGCUUCCCUACGCAUAUGACAUGCCCGCAAGCCUUGUUCGCAUGGUUGAAAAGAGACCAUACCUGGUGCCCUUGUCGUCGCACUCCGAAAAAGCAGGGAAGCUCAUGGCAAACAAGUUUGCAGCAUACCUCCAGAGCGAUGUGAAGACGAGCCCCGAAGUGUUUGCCAUGGCUCUGUCCCAGCGUCGAACGAUGCACCGAUUCCGCUCCUUCGCAGUCGGCUCGAGCACGGAAUCCCUUGUGAGCAGUUUGGAGGAGCCAGUACCGGCGGCUCAAUGGAAAAGCAAACUGGGAGAUGUUCCGCGAGUUGGGUUUGUGUUCACCGGUCAAGGCGCCCAAUGGUUCGGAAUGGGAAGGGCGCUGAUAGAGCAAUGCCCUCUCUAUUUCCAGACGUUGCAGAAGUGCGAUCAGAUUCUGCAGUCACUUUCCGAACACCGACCGUCAUGGUCCAUCGUUACAGAGCUGCUGCGGAAUAAAGACGAUACUAAGCUGGGUCAGACGGAGUUUUCACAACCGAUUUGCACUGCCAUCCAACUGGCGCUGGUAGAUGUUCUCUCCCAGUGGGGAAUAAAGCCGUCGAGUGUGGUUGGUCACAGCAGUGGAGAGCUGGCUGCUACCUAUGCAGCUGGGAUUCUCUCGUUCGAGAACGCUUUGGUCGCUGCCUACUACCGUGGUGUGCACAUGGGUAGCGGCGCCGCUUCUCCCGACAGCAUUCCUGGCGCCAUGAUGGCUGUAGGAAUGACCGAGGCCGAGGUGGACGCCGAGCUGAAGCCUUAUGUCGGGCGCGUUGCAGUUGCCGCCAUGAACAGCCCGUCUAGCUUUACCCUUUCCGGCGAUAGUGAUGCGAUUGCGGGGCUACAUGAGAAAUUGAGCGAAAGAAAGGUGUUCGCCAGGCGUCUGCAGGUUGCUCAGGCGUUUCACAGUCACCACAUGUAUCCCCUUGCCCCGGGAUAUGAGCAGGCUCUAGCGAAGUACCCGGGGUUCAAGGCAAACAAGUUCACAACUGCGUCGAUGGUGUCCAGUGUGACUGGUAGAAAAGCAGAUCCCAGCGCUAUGGGCCCUGAAUACUUCGCGGCAAACAUGACUGGAAUGGUCAAGUUCUCCGACGCUCUGGUAGAGACCGUACUUGACGAGGACGACCAGCAGAAUGUCGACAUUCUGGUCGAAGUGGGCCCUCACCCGGCACUCAAAGGCCCUUCUAACCAGACAAUUGAUCAAUUGAAACUCAAGAUCCCAUACAUCGGGACGCUCGACCGCAAGGAAGAUGCUUAUGAGAGCCUUCUUACUGCUGCCGGUCAACUUUUUGCUCUCGGCUAUCCCGUGCGUCUAGAAGAAGUCAACCGGAACCACUUCAUUGACGCCUCUUCCGGAAAUCUCGUCAGCUCCAAUGUACGCCGCGCAUCCCUCGAGCUGCCGACUUAUGCAUGGGAUCAUGAACGAUACUGGGGUGAGACGCGUGUGAUCAAAGAGCAUCGCCUCCGUCCGUUCCGACACAGCAUUCUCGGGGCGCCAGUACCAGGUUCACUUGCUAAUCGGCCCCGGUGGCGAAACUUCCUGCGUAUUUCCGAGAUGCCUUGGCUGGUAGACCAUUCCAUCGACGGGAAAGUGGUCUUCCCGGGCGCCGGAUACAUCAACAUGGCUAUGGAGGCUGCGGCUCGCCUUGGCCGUGGUAUGGCUGGUGGCGUUAAAGCUAUUUCGCUGGCAGAUAUUUCGGUGAAAUCCGCGCUCGUAGUGAGCGACAAUGAGGUGGGAACUGAGGUGAUUGUGGAGUUGUCACCUGUUGUGGAGUCCGCGAAGACCUCGUCAUCCACGUGGAAUAACUUUGUCAUCUUCUCGAUCGACGAGUCCGGAAAUCAGCGUGAGCAUUGCACUGGAAUGGUUAGAGCGGAGCUAGGGGAUCCAGAAGCUCUCCCCUUCAACCGUGAAUCCAACUUGAAAGCGCAGACCUUCCGCUGCGUUGGGCGGGAACAAUACUACCAUCGCCUACACUCGAUGGGACUCCAAUACGGCAAGACAUUUCAGCUUCUAUCAGGCAGCAUCGACAGUGGACUUGGAAGAGCCACCGCACCGAUUUCCUGGCAGCCAGACCUGUUCUCUCAAGAGAAGAGUGAUCUCUGCAUUGUCCACCCGGCCUUCCUGGAUGCUGCAUUCCAUCCGGUAUUUGCGUCAAUCGAGGGCAAGCUAGGUCGGACAAUUAAGGAGCCGUACGUUCCAACUUUUGUGCGCUCGAUGAAGAUUUCUGGGCUUCUGGAAGCGUGGAAAGGCUCGACGAGUUUCCAGGGCCAAGUCUCGGUCGAGACAAACGUGGCCGGACCCCGGACAGCAACAAACGACCUCCGCAUAGAAGACCAGAACGGCCAGGGGCUGAUCGAGAUUCAGGGCCUCGAGCUGACCAACCUGGGUGCCAAUUCGGCUGACGACGGACGCCGAUCCCUAUUCUUUGGGACCGAGUGGCAGCCCAUGAUCAGCUCCCUCGAGUUCAACAGCGGUGUUCAUAAAGUGCAGGGCAUCCCAGCGCUUGUCAAGCUGUAUGCCCAUCAAUUUCCAAACAGAAAGAUCUUACACUACAGCCCUUCGGUUGCCUCGACAGAAGAGGUCCUCGGAAGCCUCCGUGGUACUCACGGCGAGCGACGCAAUUUUAGCCAGGUAAUCAUCUCCCCUCAAGACUCCAGCAUUGCAUCCACGUUUGAAGAGGUAGUUCAGCGUUGGAACGGUCUUGUCCGCCUCGCCACGGACGAGGAGGUUGAAGAAGAGAAAUUUGAUUUGGUCGUGGUAUCAGCUAAACCCGAAAGCUUGAUGCAUGACCGAGUCGCAGAUCAAGGAUAUCUGCUCGUGGAUGAAUCUUCCGCUAGGAGUCCCGCCGGUUUCCGUUCAAUCGGAGACUGUGGUGGUGUGCAGAUUUGGCAGAAGAAGCCAUAUACCAAUGGAAUACAUGCCAAACCUCUCACCAUCAUAAUGCCGACGCGGUCUUCACCCGAAGUUGAGGCCUUUGCCAGGGCUAUCGAAACCCAAGGACCCUUCCAGACCGAACGUCGCGACUUCCUCUCACUGGCCGAUACAACUCGCGAAAUUGCUCAGAAUGUGGUUGUGCUAGCCAGCCUUGGAUCUCAGCUGUACUUUGAUGCGAACGCCAGUGGUCAUGCCGAAUUUUACGCAGCACAAGCAUUGCUCACGAAAGGCACGGCCAACAUCGUCUGGGUGACCCGGGGAGGCCUUAUGGACGUGACAUCGCCGGAACAGGCGCUAAUCUUGGGCCUUGCUCGCUCAGCGAGAAGUGAAAACCCUGACCUCCGGCUUGUGGUAUUUGACAUCGCUCCUGAGUCCGGCUCAACCCAGGCUGCUAGACUGGCCUCCGAGCUGCUGGAUCCUUCCAUUGACGAGAACGAGAUUGCCGAGCGUGAUGGCACUCUUUACAUUCCUCGAGUGGUGCCCAAUGACCAAAUGAACGCCAGGAUCCCGAACGGAGUUGGGUCUGAAGCAACUAUCCAGUCGCUUUAUCAAGUAAACCGACCCUUGGCCCUCCAAAUUGGACGUCCGGGAUUGUUGGAAACUUUGACAUUUACGGAUGACGCAGAAAUUCUGAACGAACCUCUUGGACCGAACGAUCUUGAGAUCGAGGUCAAAGCCUCUGCCAUCAACUUCCGCGACAUCGCUGCCAGCAUGGGUAUCAUUGACGACUUCAAGCUUGGAGACGAAUGCGCAGGAAUUGUGCUGCGUAAGGGAAGCGACGUCUCCGGGGCAUUUUCCAUCGGAGACCGCGUUGUCGCCUGGCGUCCGGGACAAGGGGCUCACCGUACGGUGGUGCGUAAUCCGUCUUGCCUCUGUUAUCGUUUGGGCGAGAUACCGUUCAGCAUCGCCGCUGCAAUUCCUCUGAUCCUCACCACGGCCCAUUACUCGCUGGUGGACACUGCACGUCUUCAGCCAGGAGAGACCGUUCUUAUCCACUCUGCAGCCGGCGGAGUCGGUCAGAUGGCGGUUCAGAUUGCGCAAAACAUUGGGGCAGAGAUCAUCGCGACCGUGGGCUCUCCCUCCAAACGUGACCUGCUCAUAUCUAAAUAUGGUCUCAAUGAAUCUCAGAUCCUUUCUUCCCGCGAUGACUCCUUCGUUCAAGGCGUUCACCGUUUGACUAACGGAAAGGGUGUGGAUGUAGCUCUGAAUUCUCUUGCCGGUCCUCUCUUGCAUGCUACCUGGCAAUCACUAGCGCCAUUUGGACGAUUCGUGGAGAUUGGCAAACGAGAUAUCCAUCAGAAUAGCCGGAUCCCGAUGGAUCCGUUCCGACGCAAUGUCUCCUUCGCGAGUGUGGACAUGAUCACAGUGUUUGAGAGAAACCAGUCACUCGGAGCCCGAGUGUUCCAGGAGUGCUGUGGUUUAGUCCACGACGGCAAGAUCCAGCCUCCGGAGCCUAUCACAGAGCUAUCCUAUUCCCAGGCGCAGAAAGGAUUCCGCAUGCUGCAAAUGGGUACCACGAUUGGGAAGAUUGUUCUAGUUCCUAGUGCCGACGACCGCGUUCUUGUCGAACCAACAAAAUUCAGCCGUCGCCAGCUUUUCCUGCCAGACAAGACAUAUCUCCUUGUCGGUGGUCUUGGGGGCCUAGGGCGCCGCCUCAGCGAAUGGCUGUUCCAACGGGGAGCCCGCAAUGUGGCUUUCCUGGCUCGUUCUGGCGCUGACAAGAAAGAUGCUCGUGAGACCGUGGACUGGCUCCGAGCACGAGACGUCAAUGUGACCGUUUUCCGCGGCGAUGUCACCAACGCUGCAUUUGUCCAAGAGGCUGUAAACCAAAUUGGAGCCUCACGCUUGGCCGGAGUCUUCCAAGCCGCCAUGGUGUUGCAAGAUGGACCUCUUGACAAAAUGGGAUUCACUCAAUGGCAGCGUUGCAUGGAUCCAAAGGUCCGGGGCACGUUUAAUCUACACUCGGCGACGUCAAGCAUUGACCUCGCUUUCUUCGUCUGCUUUUCUUCCGUGUCAGCCAUUCUCGGAUCCAAGGGCCAGGCCAAUUAUUCCGCCGCCAAUACCUAUCUAGAUGCACUUUGUGCCUACCGACGCAGCAUCGGAUUGGCAGGUACAACCAUGAACGUGGGAAUGAUCACUGGUAUUGGAGCUGUGUCCGAGGAUGCCAAACUACAGACCAUCAUGGAGCGUAUCGGUUACGACGCCGUCAACGAAGAGGAACUGUUUGCCCAGAUCGAGGCAGCCGUUUCUGGCGAACGACUCAGUAUUUCCGAUGACCGCGGACGAGACGCUCACCAGAUCAUCACGGGGGUCAAUCUUCGUCGUCCUGACUAUUAUUGGGCUACUGAGCCCCGAUUCGUCAACCUGUACGCCAACCACGACUUCGCGGGUUCCGGUUCCGGUAGUGGAGCUCAGAAGAAUCUGAUGGCGCAGUUACAAGAGGCCUCGGAUGAAGCCUCCCGCAACGAGAUUCUCACUGAACGCUUCUUGGAGAAAAUAGCAGCCGUGCUUUCAGUGGACCAGGCAACCCUGCAACCGAACCGAAGCUUGUCGGACUAUGGGCUGGACAGUAUCGUUGCCAUUGAAAUCCGCCAGUGGUUCUUCCAAACAGUCGCCGUUGAGAUAGCCAUGUUUGACGUCUUGAACAGUGGAAGCAUCCAGGCUCUGGUCGACAAGGUCGCCGGCAUGAUUGUCCUGAGCACAUCAGAGGCGCAAACAACCACCCAACAAGGGGAGACUGCUUCAACUCACGCGGCGGAGGCCUCUCGUGCGAGGUUACCUGAGGUCAUCGGCGCAUCUGGCGAUGAUGGGAUACAAUUAAGUGGAGACGUGGCUAUGUCCACGUUCCAGCGCCGUUUAUGGUUCGCACACAAUAUGGCGGAAGAUGCGUCUUUCCUGAAUCUACCUACCAUUUUCCGCAUCAAAGGCAACCCUCAACCAGACCUCCUGCGACGGGCCAUCGAGGAGCUCAAACGUCGAAACGCAAUUCUGCGCACUGCCUACUUUGAAGGAGAUGUUUUCUCUCAGCAGGAAGUGACAGAUGACUGCACAGUCGACCUGCCCGUGGUAGAUCUCUCCAAAGCCAUUAAUAUCGAGAACAGCCUUCAGCAGCACGUCGCCGGUAUGAGGCAACGGGCACUGGAUAUUGAGACCGGCGAGGUCAUGAAGGUGACACUGGCCAAAUUGGCGGAUGCCGAGUAUGCGCUUGUGCUCAUCUUCCAUCACAUAUGUAUCGACCGUGGCAGCAGUCAGUCAUUCCUCGAGCAGAUCACCGGCCUAUAUGACAGUCUGCGUCGAGAAUCGAAUCUUGACGCUGUGGCACAGCCCUCUGUCAGCUACACGCAAUUCAGCCAGUGGCACAAUGCCCAGCUGAAAUCCAAGGAGAUGGAAUCGAGUGUACAGUUCUGGAGAGACGAGUACCAACAGCCCCCGAUCCCAAUGAAAUUGUUACCGUUCGCCCAGGCGGCUCGACCCGAGUUCAACGAUUACCAACGCCAGAUCCACCGAGCAACGCUCAAGGAUACUUUGCAGAGUCGGAUGAAACGGAUCUGCGCGCGGUUGGGCGCCACGCCAGCCCAGUUCUUAAUGGCUGCUUUCCGGGUCUUCCUCUACCGAUACGGACAGGAAGACGACAUGACGCUUCAUAUGGUCGACGGAAAUCGUCCCCAUCCGGCGGUGAACGAUACGCUGGGCUUCUUCGUGAAUGUGGUGCCUGUUCGCUGCGCAGCAGACCUUACCGGUACUUUUGCCGAUGUCCUCAAGCAAAUCAAAGAUCGAAUCAUGAGAUCGUUGGCUCAUUCGCAGCUGCCCUUUGACGCCAUUGUGGAUGCAGUGGGUCUGGAGCGCAACCCUGCGCAUUUCCCUCUGGGUCAGGUUAUUGUCAAUUACCAAAUUCACGGCACCAUGCCGACCUACUCUGCUGGUGACUUUGACAUUGUCGAUGUGCAGGGUGAGGACAUUCCAACCGCAUGCGAAUUAGGUCUAGAAGCACUGGAGGACCCGGCCAAGGGGCUCCAUCUGCGUCUUGAAUCAUCCAGCACUCUGUACGGAGCAGCCGAUAUGGAGCGAUUCCUCGAUAAUUUCGUGGCAUUCAUGAGUAGUGUCAUCCGCGAUCCCCGUCAGCCCGUGGCAGAGAUCGGCAUGGUCGGAUCCAAGGAGUUGGCUUUUUUGAAGGAAAAAUACUUCAACAUGGCUCAUACAGAAAACAAUUGGAAAGACCAAUCCGUGGCUAAUCGUAUCAUGGACAUGGCCCGGCAACAUCCCACAGCCAUCGCCAUCGAGACCUCUGAGGAUAAUCGACUGCUCACCUACAGGGAAUUAGUUGCCGCUGCCAGUCGUAUAGCAGCAGCCAUUCGCAACACGGGGAUCCAAUCCGGCUCCAGGGUUGGAGUCUUCAGCCGACCCGGGCGCGAGGCCAUCACAGCUAUGUUGGGCGUUCUGCUCGCCGGCUGCGGUUUUGUGACUUUGGAUCCAGAGUUCGCCGUCGAGCGACUUGCGUUCAUGAUCAGCGAUUCAAACCUCCCCUUAGUCCUUGCUGGAUCUGAACUGGGAGAAAGCGCCAGGUCGCUCACGUCCAAAAUCUCUGCGACCGUGCUGGACAUUGCCAAUGUACCGAGCAUCGGCGAUUCCAUUGCCGACAUUUCGGUUGUUUUAGAAAAGGACUUUCCUUUCUAUGUCAUCUACACCUCGGGCAGCACUGGAACUCCUAAAGGAGUGAUUCUCACCCAGUCGAACACGCAACAAAUGCUAAGCACCCUUCACCAUGACUUCAAGUUUACCGCACAGGAUCGAUUCCUGCACCACUCUUCAAUCUCAUUCGACUUGUCCAUCGUACAGAUCUUUUCGGCCCUGACAGCAGGAGCUCGUGUAUGUGUGGCAUCUAGCACCAUUCGCAAGGAUCCGGUGGCUUUGGCCGCAUACAUGGAAGUAUCGCAGGUUUCGAUCACCUACUUCACGCCAACUCAGUUUGCACUAUUGAUGGAGCAUGCGACUGAAAAGCUUCAGAGCCUGCGGGAUUAUCGAAUUGCCUACUUUGCCGGUGAGAGACUGCCCAUCCGUGUCGCCCGGGCUUUCUACGAUUUGGGCACUCCGGCCGUCGUAUACAACACCUGGAGUCCCAGUGAACUAGUAGUUCAGACGACCCUUCAGCGUGUUGACCGGCCUUCCAAGAACGCCAUCAGUAUUCCCAUCGGUUUCCCCAUGGCCAAUACUCGGCAUUACAUCUUGGAUGACCGGGGCCAGCCUCUCCCCGGAGGCUUGGUUGGCGAAAUUGUCGUCGGAGGCGCGCAAGUGGGCCUCGAAUACAUCAACCGCCCCGAGGCUAACGAAAAGGCCUUCCUCUCGGAUCCAUUUUGUUCGGCAGAUGACAAGGAACAGCGCGGAUGGACGCGCAUGUUCCGAACGGGGGACCGCGGUCGGUUCCUUCCAGGGGGCAAUCUCGAAUUUCACGGCAGGAUUGCGGGCGACAAGCAGAUCAAGCUGCGUGGCUACCGAAUCGACCUGGGAGAGGUAGAGCAUCGUCUGUUCGUCGAGGCGAAUAAGGAUUCCACCGGGCCUGGGAUCGUCGAUUUGGCUGUGAUCGCUCGGACGGUCUUAGCCGGCGACGGUGUCGGGGAUGACCGUCAGCUCAUCGCCUUCGUUGUGCCGAAGCUGCCCUUGGACCGACUACAAGAGGCAGAAUUCGCUGUCCGACUGAACAAGUACGGAGCUAAGCAUCUGAAUGCGUACAUGCUGCCCAACGCGUACCAGUUUCUGGACGCUUUGCCUGUCACUAUUGGCGGCAAGAUCGACAGACAAAAGCUCCUCCACGGUGAACUACGACUGACUUAUCCCGUGAAACAAAGCCUUGUAAAGGAAGACCAAGAUGCGAACGGGCACGCCGACGCAAAGGAGACGGACGGCUUCCUCACGGCAGUCAUGGACGGCUUCCGCGAGGUGUUGAGACUCCCUCGGGAGCGCGUGUUCCUCCCCAGCGACAGCUUUUUUGCCCUUGGAGGAAAUAGUAUCCUGCUGGUUCGGCUGCAAGCUCGCCUCAAGCGGGCGCUCAAACGGCCACUCGCACUCAAUCCCAUGUUCAAGGCACCAACGCCGCAAGGCAUUGCGCAAAUCUUGGGCGGUGCGUCCAGCCCAGCCGCGACCGCUGCGACGAAGCCGGAGGUCGACUGGGAACAAGAGACCAGUCUAGACCUGCAGUUGCAGCCAUCCAAAGCGCCAGGCAUUGCUUCCUCCGACGUGAGCUCCAUUCUCCUCACUGGGGCCGACUCCUUUAUCGGCGUUCAUAUGCUCGCAACCAUUCUGCAGGACCCCGGCAUCUCUACCGUCUACCUUCUCGGGUCGCAGAGCCCCCUCGAAUACUCCGACGUCGAAAGGGCGUUUGAGCUUUACCGGCUGUGGCAACUAGUACCCAGCCCUGAGCUCGUUGCAUCUCGUAUCGUCUGCGUGGCUGGAACGCUGGAAUCCCCCCGUUUCGGUCUGUCGCCGGCGCAAUUCCGCCGUCUGGGCUGUCGGGUGCAGGCCAUCUACCACCUCGGAGGAUAUGUCUCCCUGCUGCGAUCCUACGACGCGCUCCGGUCGUUGAAUGUCUCGCCGGUGCGCGACGUGAUCGAGCUGGCCAGCCUGGGAGCCGUGCAAACGCAAAUCCAUCACUUGUCGACCUGGUCCGUCCCUCACCUCCAAACUUGGUCCACGUCCCAACGCACCGCCCCCGAGAAGACGAUCGCCAACGAAAUUACGGCGGGACACUUCACGCCCGAGGCAAACAACCGAUUCGGAUAUUUCAAAUCGCGCUGGGUCGCCGAACGAUUGAUGGAGAGGGCCGCCGAACGCGGAUUCCCCAUCACGAUAUACCGGGCAUCUGCCGCGACGGGUCAUCGCACCACGGGAGUUCCGGAGCCCAAAGAUGAUUUCAUCCGGACUAUGAUCCUGAGCAUGGUGCGCGCCGCAGCGGUGCCGGACUUGCCGCAGACCGACCGGCCGUUCGUGGCCGACUUCAUCCCGGUGGACUACCUGACGCAAGGGUUCCACGCGUUGGCGACGAGCGCAGUUCAACCCCCCCAGGCGAUACUCAAGGAGGCAACCAUCCAUCACCUAUGCAACCCGUCCCCGCUCCCAGUUUCCCAUAUUCCCGAAAUUGCGGGCCGCCUGCUCGCACCAGCCGAUCGCGAGGGCCGCAUCAUGCCCGUGGCGGAGUGGUUGGAAACAGUGUCUCGGUUGGAUGAUUCGUCGGACGCACAAGUUCGAUGGGAGGUACUGAAGGAGUAUUUUGCGCUGGGCCACAACAUGUUCGCGUUGGAUUCCGCUCAGACUCGGCAGAGCCUGGGUCGGUUGAGGGUGGACGAGUGCGCGCCGGUGAGCGAAGAGUAUCUGCGGAACAUGUUGGCGACCGAGACUGGACAAGCAGAGUGA